GGAACAUCGUCGUGGGGCGGGGCCUGGAAGGACGCGUGGGCGUGGCCAUGCUCUAUGGCCCAUUCCCAAACGGGAGUUAGAACCGCUUGCCACUAUUUUGGGGUGUGGCUAGAAUCAGGGGCAGGGUUUAAUGGGCGUUGCUAGGAUAUUAGAGGGACGAGCUCCAAGCCCAACCUGCAGCUGGUCCAAGCCCAGAGUGGAAUAAAGUAGGCACUUGGCUGGAGGCGUGGCCAGAAUCGGAAGCAGAACCUGACAGGAACUUGACCAACUGGGGGUCGUAGGUUUGCCUAGGGAGCGUGACCGUACUCCGGACUGACCCUCACAAGGAUUUAGCCAAUCAUGUAGACCCAAGACUAGAGCAGCAGGUUUCAGUGGGCGUGGUCAGGUUUGUUCCGAGAGGUCCCGGCCAAUCCUGGUGUUAGUUUUUUUUUUCUGGCAUUAGUUUCUAUGUAAGGCGGGGUUCGUCUGGAAGGUUUGACCAAUCUGUUGCUACAGUGUGAGAAGAGCGAGCCGCGGGAGUAUAAAACCAACUGGGGGUGUGGUCUGUCAAGAUAUUGACCAAUCUUGGAGUUAGACCGAGUUUAGGGCGGAGUUUCAAAGAGAGCACAGCCCCGCCCUCGGGCGGGGCCAACCAGAGACUGCAACCAUUGCGGCCGAGUCCUCGCGGACCGUGGCCAUCCCGGGGGUGGGGCCACGCCGGUUCCGGGCGGCCCAGGGGCGUGGCCGGGCCCGGACCACGGAGGGGCCAUGUCCGCACCACCCACCCUGCAGAUCCGGGAGGCGAACGCGCACCUGGCGGCGGUGCACCGGCGCGCAGCAGAGCUGGAGGCGCGGCUGGACGCGGCGGAGCGCACGGUGCACGCCCAGGCCGAGCGUCUGGCCCGCCACGACCAGCAGCUGCGCUCCGCCCUGGACGAGCUGGGCCGCGCCAAGGACCGUGAGAUCUCAGCUCUCCAGGAGCAACUCCUGACGACCGAGGCCACUGUCCACAGCCUGCAGGCCGCUGUGAACCAGAGAGACGAGCUCAUCCGGCAGCUGCAGCCCCGAGCCAAGCUGCUGCAGGACAUUUGUCAGCGGCGGCCACCCUUGGCUGCACUGCUGGCCGCCCUGGCUGAGGCCGAGCGCCUGGGGCCCUUGCCGGACAGCGUGCCAGGCCAUCUGCUUCCUGGUGGGCCGGGUCCACCCCUCGCCAACAGCACCGCAGAGGAGGAGGAAGAGGAGGAGGAGGAGGAUGAGGAUCACCUCCAGCCUGCAGUGUUUGGGACCACAGUACUAACACAAGGAGCCUCAAGCCGUGUGCCAUUCUUGCUUUGGUUGUACAUUGUUCAUCCUAGAUCUAAAUUACCUAAGUCCAUCCUUCCCUCAGCCUUUGAUCCCCAAAGAUCGGGCUGGCAAGAGAGAGAAGCUGGCUGCCAGACUGCUUGGGAAAAAGCAAGCAGCCCUUAACCUUCUCCUGGUGACAUCCUGGCCCAGGGCCGUUGCACUGGCUUUUUCUCUGCCUGGAGAGCAUUUUCCCCAAAUUCCCAUGGCCUUGUCACUCAGGUCUCUGCUCAAAAGCCAUUUUCGUGGGAGGCCACCCUGAACACUUCACUUGAUGUAGUUCCUCCUCCCACCCCACUCUGCCCUGUUGUUCCAUUUGCUUUAUGGAAUUCCUACUGUCCCAUCUUUGGAACAUAACCUCCUUCAGCGCAGGGGUUUUUCUCUCUUGUUCUCUGUCACCAGUGCCUUUUGUGCCCUGGGAGCCUCUAAAGGAACAGGAUCCAAGGGGCCGCCUGCCUCCAGGGCAUCUGUCUUUGUGUAGCAAGCAGCUAUGUUUUUAUAAAGAAUCUAUUUUUUAAUUCCUUGUUCUAUGCCGCCCUUCCUGGCCCAAGACAUUGAGGGUGCUGCUUUUUAUCAAGCCAGGCCCAGAGAGAUGCCUGUGCCUCCCUAUGCCCAGGCUGGUCGGUGGCCAGGACCCACCCAGGGGCAGCAUCUCCUUCAGCCAGAAAGGGUGGUGGCCACCCAGAGCCCUCGGGACCUAACAUUAACACUGUCAUCUAAUGGUGACCCCUCAGAGCAGUGACAGCAGUCCCAUUUCCUCCUCCAGAUGAAUGAAGGGGGCCUGUUUGUACAGAAGGGAGGCCGGCUGGGGCCUGUCUGUGCUUGAGAAUAAACCGCACCAUUUCUUGGCCUGGG